GAGAAAUGUCAAAAGAUCCGUCAAAAAGCAAUGAUUGUUGACGUCAUAUAAAUUAAUAAUCUUUAUUGUGCUUUUCCGCUCUAAUUUAGCAGUGAAAAUGCGUGAAAAUAUCUGCAAAAGAUAGAGUGGGAGUUGUUUGAGGAAAUUCCAGUGAAAUUACAUCAUAAAUGGGACUAUUUGUUGGUUUUUUGUGCGACAAUUCAAAAUGAGGUCACAUUGAGUGAAACUCCCGGAAAGUUUUUUUCUUCUCUGCGCCAUCCCAUUUCCCCGCGCGUGUACCCACCCAAAUGCUCAGAUAGCGACUUUGUCACUAAGCACAGAUGCGCAGGAAGAAGAAAAUGCCACAGAUCCUUCAGCCAAAGGUGCUGCUGUGCCUGGCGGUGGGAUUAAUGUGGAUGACAACAGCUGUGGCUCAUGAUCCGUGUACAAAUUCCACAGCACCCCAUCGUGUGGAGGUGGAAUUUGUGACGAAAAUUGUGAAGAAUGAGUACAUUGUGGCCUUUGAUGGGUAUUAUAAAUCCGCAACGAGGGAAAAGUACAUUCGGGCAGCCCUCAAUGGGUCUCGUGUGUCCAAUUGGCGUAUCCUACCGCGCUCCAAUCCCGCCAGUGACUUUCCCAGUGAUUUUGAUGUUAUCAUGAUGGAGGAGUUUGAGCCCCUCGAGGGGCUGGAACUCAUUAAGAAUCAUCCAUCAGUGAGGAGUGUCACACCACAGCGGAUGGUGCAUCGUUCCCUGAAAUUCGUUCCAUUGUCUGCGGCGGAAAUUGACGAGGAAACAGGGCAGGAGGAUGCUGAUUCCCCGGAAGUUGAUGAGGAGCUUGUGCGGGAGCUUGAGGAUGCCUCAAGAGCCAUGGGACGCACCCUGGCAAAUACAAAUGACACAGCGAGGCAUGUAAAUCGUCGGCUACUGCGAGCCAUUCCACGGCAAAUUACAUCUCUCCUCAAGGCGGACGUACUGUGGGGUAUGGGCGUGACAGGACGGGGAGUGAAAGUUGCCAUCUUCGAUACAGGCCUCGCAAAAUCCCAUCCACACUUUAAGCGCAUCAAGGAGCGCACCAAUUGGACAAAUGAGAAAAGUCUCGACGAUGGCGUAAGUCAUGGGACCUUCGUGGCGGGUGUAAUUGCAUCGUCAAAGGAAUGCCUGGGCUUUGCACCCGAAGCUGAACUCCACAUCUACAGAGUCUUCACGAAUAAUCAGGUUUCCUACACAAGCUGGUUCUUGGAUGCCUUCAAUUAUGCCAUCCUCAAGAAGAUUAACAUUCUAAAUCUCAGCAUUGGUGGACCGGACUUUCUCGAUCAUCCCUUUGUUGACAAGGUUCUGGAAUUAACAGCCAAUAAGGUAAUCAUGGUGUCAGCUAUUGGCAAUGAUGGCCCACUGUAUGGGACACUCAACAAUCCGGGGGAUCAGAGUGAGGUGAUUGGGGUGGGGGGGAUAAAUUUUGACGACAAUAUUGCUAAAUUUAGUUCACGCGGAAUGACAACGUGGGAACUUCCGGGUGGGUAUGGGCGUCUAAAGCCAGACAUUGUGACGUACGGGAGUCAGGUGAAGGGGAGCAAUGUUAAGGGUGGCUGCCGAUCACUUUCGGGAACAUCUGUUGCGUCUCCCGUUGUUGCGGGGGCUGUUGCCCUCCUUGCCAGUGGGGUGGUGCACAAGAUGGACAUUGUGAAUCCGUCAUCGAUGAAGCAGGCACUCAUUGAGGGGGCAACACGCCUUCCGGAUAGCAAUAUGUUCGAACAGGGGCACGGGAAGUUGAAUAUCUUGAAGAGUAUGAAGCUCCUGUCAACGUAUAAGCCCCGUGUAACACUGAGCCCGUCAUAUGUGGACUUUACGGAAGAUUACAUGUGGCCAUACAAUACGCAGGCAUUGUUCUACACAAGUCAUCCGGCAAUUGUUAAUGUGACAAUUCUCAAUGGAAUGGGGGUCAUUGGGAGGGUGGUUACGCCCCCAACGUGGCAUCCCUACGCUUCGGGGAAUGGGCACUUGCUGAACGUUUCAAUUGGCCAUUCGGAGAUACUCUGGCCAUGGUCAGGAUGGAUGUCGGUUCACAUUCAAAUAACCGAAGCUGGGUUGGCGUUUGAGGGUGUUGCCCAGGGGCAUGUAACGCUCACGGUACAGAGUCCAGCAGCUGGUGAUGAGGCUGAACCGCGGAAUAGCACAGUGAGCUUCCCGCUGCGUGUACGGGUGAUACCAAAGCCACCGCGUGAUAAGAGAAUCCUCUGGGAUCAAUUUCACAGCCUACGCUACCCACCGGGGUACCUACCGCGGGAUAAUUUGAAAAUUAAAGCUGAUCCAUUGGAUUGGCGAGCUGAUCACAUUCAUACGAAUUUCCGUGAUAUGUACACACAUCUCCGGAAUGCUGGGUACUACAUUGAAGUCCUCGGGACACCCUAUACGUGCUUCAAUGCAUCCAACUAUGGGACACUACUUAUAGUUGAUCCGGAAGAGGAAUUCUUCCCGGAGGAAAUUGCCAAACUCAAGCGGGAUGUGUUGGAAGGGGAUUUGAGUGUUAUUAUCUUUGCCGAUUGGUACAAUACGUCCAUAAUGCGAAAGAUAAAGUUCUAUGAUGAGAAUACACGGCAGUGGUGGAUGCCAGAUACAGGUGGUGCCAAUGUUCCGGCACUCAAUGAACUUCUGCGGGAAUUUAACGUAACACUGGGUGAUCGUGUGAGUGAAGGGUACUUUGCAAUGGGGGAUCAUUCAAUGUACUACGCCAGUGGGACGUCCCUGGUGAAGUUUCCCCAAACUCCCGGAUCAAUUGUGAUUGAGAGGGAUCUCUAUGAUCAGGGGCAGGAGAUCCUAACAAAUGUCACUGCAACAGGGGCGGAAGAUGCCCAAAAGCGACGCAUUCGUUCACCCGUAGCAAUUUUGGGGCUCCUUCAGGUUGAUGGGACAUUUGCACACAUUCGCCAUCCGGAGAGUAGUGAUGUCCACCAUGAAGAUGCGGAUCUGUACAGAGAUCUCGGUGGUGGUGGGAGUGAUAGUUUGCAAAUGGAAAAGAAUCCAAUUCUCAAUAAGAGAAAUCUCCUGGAGGAGCCAGAUGACACACAACGCAGCAAUGCGUCCGAGAAGCACAUCCUAAAGGCCGUUGAUACGGUGGAUGUGGCUGAAAAUGAGAUUAGUGAUGCUGAGGAGGAAGAUAAGACCCAGGAAGUGGGGCAGGUGAAGCAGGAACUCAAAUUGCCGCAUUCACCUGUGCGCCGUGGUGGAAGAAUUGCCGUCUACGGUGAUUCCAAUUGUCUCGAUUCAACGCAUCUCGAGAAGCCGUGUUUUUGGCUCCUUGACAUGCUGCUGGAGUACACGAUGACAUCCCAUGUGGCUGGACUCCUCAGUGGACUCAACCAAUCCGGAAAAAUACAUUUCCGACAAGAUGUGAUAUCGCCAGCUAGGCUGCCUAACAAUAACCUCUACAUGUAUUCGAAAGUUCUUGAUCAACAGAAUCCCAAUAGGAAGCGUGAUUUAACCCAGUGCCCACGACUUGUGUGGGAAACGCCCAUUUUCCUCAAUAUCACGCAAACUAUUGGGGCACAGGGUGGUGCCAAUGGGGCAUCAGCAGAUGGUGGUGCAUUGGGAGAUGGUAGUGCCAAUAGUAUUCUCCGGAAGUUGGAGAGCCAAAAAGGUGAGGUGGCGGCUUAAAUCCAGAUGAAAUUGAUUUGGGCUUGUUGCAGAAUCAAUGGCAGGGCAGCCAUGAUGGUAAUGUGAAUUUUGCCGAUGAACCAGGUGCAAUUGUGAAGGAGAAUCUCGAUGAAUCCUUUAGUAUUUCCAUUGGGAUUCUCCUCUUUUUGACGCUAGUUGUGUUUCUCUUGUUUGUCAAUUGGAUCAGGAAAAUUCGGGGUGCAACAAAUAGAUCCCGAAAUUACUUUUUCAACGUUUUUCGAUUGUAAAGAAGAAAAAAACAAAAUGGAUGAAGUGGAAGUCAUUUUGUAGCAAAAUUGACAAUGGCGCGUGUUCAAAUCUACCAAAUGUCACAACUAAAAGCGUUCAUAAAAUGUAAUUUAGUUAAUUUAGAAGCUUUCAGGACGAUUUAAUCAGCGGAUUAUAUGUUUUAUUUUGUAAUAAAAUCAUAAUUAUAAAUAAGAAAA